AUGGGGUUCAUCGUGGACAUCUGCAAGAAAGAGCCAGACUGCGUUGAGGAGAGCAGCUGCGACAAUGCCCCUUCGAGAGAGAACAGCCGGCUGUUGUACUGCCACCUGUGUCCUCACACGGCGAAAACGCAGCGUUGUUUGAAGGACCACCUGCUGGUGCAUAGCGGAGAGAAGAAGUACGAGUGCUCAAUCUGCGCCCAAAGGUUCACGUACCUUAGAAACCUGAGGCGUCACAUGCCGUCGCACACUGCUGAAAAACGGUACAGGUGCAGGAGGUGCUCGUACGAUACAACCGACAAGAACGCCUACAAUCGUCACAUCGUACACCAUGAAGCCGACAAGCGUUACGCGUGCUCCAUGUGUUCAUACGCCACGUCACGUUGUUCGGACAUGGUGAAGCACUUGCGGAUUCACACUGGUGACAGGCCUUUCAAGUGCAUCAAGUGCUCCUACGCGACUGCCAGCAAGAGCACACUCACUAGGCAUGCACGCACGCAGCACGAGGAUUAUGAUUGA